CAUGGAAACCGACCAGUGCGCAUUCUGACUUCAGUCUGGCAGACGGUCCCAACCUGCCCGGUCGGCGCAGGUGUGUCCGGCGAACGAACUCCACGCACGUACACACACACACACACAUACAGUACGCGCGCGCAUACACACACACACAGACUCUGGUGGUCGUUGUUGCCAGCCGCGUUCGGUCGGCGCCGCGUCCACGUCGUCGUGCGGAUUCCCUGGAGGUCGUCGUCGAGGUCGCGCGCGCGCGGUGUCGUGCGUGCACGAUUUAUACUUGCAGAGGUGACGGAGAGAAGCUGGGAACGCGCACGAGAGUGUCGAGAGGGUCGCGUUGGCGGGGCCGAGCCAGGAUUUAUGGAACCACCCCAUGGAUAGUAACAUGUCAACUGCCGCCUUCAUGCACCGGUCCGGUGGCUCCUCCAGCGCGUCAAGUGCUGGCACGGGAUCAUCGACCGGUGGAGGUCCUGGGAACCCGGCGGGAGGCGGCAGGAUGGCCGUCAUCGGCGUGACCAGGAACGUACGGCUGAGGCGUCGCGGUAACGCCGGCUUCGGCUUCUCGUUACGGGGUGGACGGGAGUACGCCGCCGGGUUUUACGUCAGCGACGUCCAACCGGGUGGCGAGGCCCAUCGGAACGGACUGAGGGUGGGCGAUCAGAUCUUACGGGUGAACGGCUAUCCGGUGGAGGACGCGGUGCAUCAGGAAGUCGCGCUGCUGGCGAAGAAUCAGCAAGUCCUGGUGCUCAAAAUCCGAAGCGUAGGGAUGAUACCCGUGAAGGACAACCCGAACGAUCCGGUUACCUGGCACAUGGUGCAGCAACAGCAACAGCAGCUGCAGUACAACGAAACUGGUUUAGGCGGCGUCCCGAGCGCAGAAGUCAGAAUUCGGAUUCUCGUCGGCGAAAAGGGUCGGCUGGGAUGCGGCGUUUGCCGGGGCAUCGUACCGGGUCUCACUGUCCAGGGCACGAGGGAGGGCGGGCCGGCGCGAGCGGCUGGCCUCAAGGCCGGCGACGUAAUAAUCUGGUGCAACGGCCAACGACUCACCGAUCUGCCGUUCGAGAGGGCCAUCGAGGUGAUGCGCAGUUCGGCGAUCCUCGACCUCGUGGUGCAACGACCUACGCCCAAUCACCUUUACGACUGCCCCGAGCCGCUGUGGACGCGCGGCUCCAGCGGCUACGACUCCGAGACGUCGAGCGUGGUGGCCGCGAGCCCGCCGCCCCAGCCGAACAACCCGUCGUCCUCGCCGCAGCACCAGGACGGCAGGAUGCACCAGCGGUAUCCGCGCGACGACGCCUGCAACAGAAACGGCAGAAUAUGCUGUCCUCUCGCGCUGUCCACCAGCAGCUGCAGUUCCUCCUCGGAAUGGGCGCAUAUGGAGCAGGCGCCGGAAUGGACGCGAAAACCGAAUAACACGACCGUAAUUCGUGUUAAUCAGAGCUCGAACCAGAACCAGAACCAGAAUCACCGGCCUAUACCGGGCGGCCAGUAUCACUUCAACCCGCGCGGCAAUUAUGAGGAUGACAUCGACAACGAGCCGCUUUACGAUCCCGUGGCGCCUAGGAUCGACUACGAGGUGCACGAUUUCGACGCGAAUCCGCGGGACGAGGCUAAUCGGCGGCUGGCUUACCGGCGAGAUAACGUGCGACAGCAGGACGUGAUUUACGACGGACCCGCGGACGACUUGCCCAUGUACCAUGGCUCCAAAGAGAACGGCCAAGCGGUCGGCAAUCGAUUGGCAGACCUGCAACUCAUGCAAAGACAGAGCGAGGCCGAGAGGAAGACGAUAACGACUGUGGAAGUGCAUCAGUCAGUUUGUCCACCUGCACCACCUCCGCCGCUUCCUUACAAAUGGCCAGCAGAGACCAAACCGAUGAACGCCAUGGGUAUGCAAAUGGGCAGCACCAUGUCGAUGGGCAGCACCGGCUCCACGGAGACCGAAUCGAGCCUCGAGUCGUCCUGCAGCAAGGACUCCGCCUCGACAUCGUCGUCGUUGUCGACGUCGUCCUGCGAGCCCGCGUCCACCGUGUCCUACGGCUCAGCCACCGGCGGGUCCAGCAGCGUCGCCAGCAAACCGUCGGAGACUUCGACGGCCGCAUACGCGACGCCGCGCAACUGCGCUGCAAGGACCUCGCCGAUCGCCAGCACCGAUCUGAGCACCGCCAUCACGCAGGAGCUGCAGAGGCGAGCGCAACAGAGAAUGAACAAUGCCGCUAAAGCGGAAGCACCAAAGGAAAAAACUCCGGACAACCGCAAACCUCAGAAUCCUGAGGCUCUAAGGUCGCAGGAGCAAAAAGUCACACACGAUAAGUUGAUGGAGGAGUUUAAGCGUGCACACCAAAAGAUGUUCAAUUCCGCUCAGCAAAAGGCACAGGCCGCGGAUCAAGUUCCCGAGAAGGAACAAGAGAAGAGGAUGCUCAACGGGACCUCGUCAACAGCAACGACGACAACGACCGCAGCAUCGUCGGCGGCGGCGUCGACGGGUGCUCCGGUACCGCCGCCGCCGCCGGCGCCUCCUCCACUUCCGCUUCCGUCGAAGAGUCGCGGAAACGACGACUCGGUGGAGAUGCAGAGCAUCGAGUCCUUCAAGUUGAAGGAGACACCCAGCACGGUACCGAAGCCGCCGCCGACGUACUUCCCGGUGUCGAGUCCGUCCUUGGCUCCAAACGGAAGUCCGCGUCACAACGCCACCGGAGGUAACAAACCGUCGGUGGCCAACGGCAAGGACGCCGCGACGAGUCCGGUCGCGGAGCUCGCCAAGAGCUCGCCGGCGUCGGUCUCGCCGACCAACGGCGCCCAGGCGGCCGCCAAGUCGAGCGUCGGCGGCAAAGUGGCCAUCAGGAUAGGCGCGUACGAGGGUGAGACCAAGCAGCCGUCGAGACUGGAGUUCUUGUCGCAGCAGACGCGCGAUAAGAACGGCGCCGACGACGCGUCGGCCGCCAACGGUCCGGUCGUGUCGAGGCUGCAGAACGAGCUCGCGGCGACUCUGCAGAGGUCGAACCUUAGGAGAAAGACUGAAGGGGAAAACCAGUCGCCCGUGAAGACUAUUCCUGAAAACGCAGUGACGUCCAGCAACGAUACAACGAAUUCAGAGCCGAACAAAUACUUCCAAGGCAGCGUCGAGAAACUCGCGUCCGCUCUCAACAACAAGGUCACCAUCAAAGUGAAUCCGGAGAACGGUAGUCGAUAAGAGUGCAAUGCGCGCGGGCGGAUGUUCUCUCUCGGUCAGACGAACGUAGAAAAUGGAUCCUUGUACCUUCGUAAAUUUUGUACAUUUUUGCACGUUUCGCUAACCGUUUUGACUUUAUAUUAUAAAAGUGAAAAGGCGCUCCCGCUAUUGGUGAGGUUCUUUGACACACACACACACACACACAUACACGUACGUGUACGUGUACGUGUUUUUUUAUAUCUUAUUUAUUAUCGUAUUAUAUACUUCGAGUAAGGAGCGAAGGAGCUGAUUCUUAUUAACCGAGACAGGGUAUUACGACCAGUAUUUACCACGUAGUCCCUGUCUUUAAAUGUAAUCUAUCUGCGCGAUCGCGGCUAUGUACGAACCUUUAACACAGAAAACAAUUCGACGACACGUUGAAUUUCUGAAUAAAAACGACGAUACGUAAACA